AGCUGCGCUCACUUCCUUCCUUCCUUCCAGAAGGAGCGUGGUAAAGAUGGCGGAGAAGAGUUCUGUACCGAGUGAUCUCUACAAGUGCGUUUAUUCCUUUCUGCAGGAAAACAAGUUCACCAGGGCGGCGCAGCAGUUCCUGAAGCAGACUCAAGUGACUCCACAAGACGAAAAUGAAGAAAACCUCCUCAACAUCUACAACUUCUGGGUGAAGUCUCCUGAAUCCAAGAAACGAAAAGCGCCUCCUACCAAGGCUGAAGCUGGCAACGGUCCAUCGGCCAAGAAAGCAAAGCCGAGUACAGAGACCUCCAGCAGCGAAGAGUCGAGCAGUGAGGAUGAAGAAGCUGCUGCAAAACCAGCUAAGGCAGUUGCUGCAAAACCAGCCGCUGCAGCUGCUAAGGUGAUCCCUGCUAAAGCAGCAGCAGCUACUAAAGCUGCAUCCAGCAGCAGUGAAGACUCCAGUGACUCUGAGGAGGAGAAGGCUCCUGUAAAGGCUCCUGUAAAGAAGGUUGUUGUUGCUGCUGCUCCUGUAAAGAAGGUUGCUGCUGCCACUGCUGCAGGUAGCACAAGGAAGAAAGACAGCAGCUCAAGCAGCGAAGAGUCCGACUCUGAGGAAGAGCAGCCGGCUAAAGCCCCUGCACCAAAACCCAAGCCGGGUGCAGCCACAACAUCCAAACCUGCUGCUCCUGCUAAAGGUGCAGGUCAGAAAAAACCGGAGAGCAGCAGUGAAGAAAGUUCCUCAGAUUCUGAAGAUGAGAAACCAGCUAAGGCUCCAGUCAAACCCACCCCAGUAAAAGCUGCUGCUGCUGCUGCAGCGAAAUCAAGCAGUGAAGACUCUUCAUCUGAAGACGAGGCUCCUCCCAGUAAAAAACCCAAAGCAGGAGCGUACAGUGCCGUACCACCUCCUGCAUCAGUCCAGAAAGCACCAGCCACACCGGCAGCCAGCAAGGCCAAGGAGAGCGACUCCUCAGACAGCAGUGAUGACAGCAGUGAUGAAGAAGAAGAGAAGAAAGUGGCUGCGAAACCUGCCCCUGUAAAGAGCCCUGCUGCAGCCAAACCUGCUGCAAAGAAGCAGGAAUCCAGCUCUGAGAGCUCAGAUUCUAGCUCAGAUGAAGAGGCAAAGAAGACCCCCGCCAAAGUCACCCCAGCUAAAGCGGCCCCAGCCAAGGCUGCACCUGCUAAGAAGCAAGAUUCAGACUCUGACUCAUCAAGUUCAGAGGAUGAAGAGGAGGCGAAGAAACCUGCAGCAAAAGUGACCCCCGCUAAGGCGGCCGCAGCUAAAGCUACACCGGCUAAGGCUACACCUGCUAAGGCUACACCUGCUAAGGCUACACCUGCUAAGGCUACACCUGCUAAGCUACACCACAAAGACUCCUCCUCAGAAGAGUCCAGUUCAGAGGAGGAGACGGCAGCGAAGAAACCUGCAGCAAAAGUGACCCCCGCUAAGGCGGCCGCAGCUAAGGCUACACCGGCUAAGGCUACACCGGCUAAGGCUACACCGGCUAAGGCUACACCGGCUAAGGCUACACCUGCUAAAGACUCCUCCUCAGAAGAGUCCAGUUCAGAGGAGGAGGAGACGGCAGCGAAGAAACCUGCAGCAAAAGUGACCCCCGCUAAGGCGGCCGCAGCUAAGGCUACACCGGCUAAGGCUACACCUGCUAAGGCUACACCUGCUAAAGACUCCUCCUCAGAAGAGUCCAGUUCAGAGGAGGAGGAGACGGCAGCGAAGAAACCUGCAGCAAAAGUGACCCCCGCUAAGGCGGCCGCAGCUAAAGCUACACCAGCUAAGGCUACACCGGCUAAAGCUACACCAGCUAAGGCUACACCUGCUAAAGACUCCUCCUCAGAAGAGUCCAGUUCAGAGGAGGAGACGGCAGCGAAGAAGCCCACAGCUAAACCUGCACCUGUCAAGACUCCCCCAGCUAAAAAAGAUGAGUCCUCAAGCUCAGAUAGCAGCUCUGAAGAUGAGGCUCCUUCAAAACCUGCUGCGAAAACUGCAGCCCCACCGAAACCUGCUGCUGCUUCCAAACCCCCAGCCAAGAAAGCUGAGAGCAGCUCUGAUUCAGACGACUCCUCCGAGGAUGAGGAAGAAGCAGUUAAAGCCAAGCCUACAACAACUAAAGCAGCGACUUCAGCCUCAAAGCCUGCCACCCCUGCAGCUAAGACUGCUGCAGCUAAGACUGCUGCAGCAGCAGAGAGUAGCUCUGACUCAUCCUCAGAGGAUGAAGAAGAAACGGUCAAGUCUAAACCUGCAGCAGCUAAACCAGCUACCCCAGCAGCAAAGCCUGCCACUCCUGCUGCAAAGCCUGUUGCUGCAGAGAGCAGUUCUGACUCUGACUCCUCUGAGGCAGAGAAGGAACCAGCUAAAGCUAAGCCUGCUGCAAAGCCUGCCACUCCUGCUGCAAAACCUGCCACUCCUGCUGCAAAGCCUGCUGCUGCAGAGAGCAGUUCUGACUCCUCUGAGGAAGAGGAGGAACCAGCUAAAGCUAAGGUGCUACUCCUGCUUCAGCCUGCUACUCCUGCUUCAAAGCCUGCUACCCCUGCAACUAAGCCUGCUGCUGCAGCAGAGAGCAGCUCUGACUCUUCUUCUGAAGAUGAAGAACCAGUUAAGUCGAAACCUGCAGCAACUAAACCAGCUACCCCAGCCUCAAAGCCUGCCACACCUGCUGCAAAGCCUGCUGCUGCUGCAGAGAGCAGUUCUGACUCUGACUCUUCUGAGGAGGAAGAACCAGCAAAAACCAAGCCAGUAGCAGCAACUAAACCUGCUACUCCAGCAGCAAAGCCUGCCACUCCUGCAGCAAAGCCUGCAGCAGCAGAGAGCAGCUCAGACUCUGACAGCUCAGACUCGGAGAAUGAGGCCUCAAAACCUGCAGUCAAGAAGCCAGCUCCAGCUAAAACAGUGGCUAAGAAACCUGCCGCUGCUGCAAAGGCCACCGCAGACUCCAGUGAUGACAGCUCCAGUGAUGAGGAGGAACCCAAGAAGGCGGCACCACUGACACCCAAACCUGCAGCCACAAAGGCAGCAGCUGCUCCACCAAAGAAGACUGAGGAGAGCAGCUCCGACUCCUCAGACAGCUCUGACUCUGAGGCAGAGACCAAGUCCACCCCUGCAAAACCUGUGGUCACAAACGGCAAGGUGGCAACACCCAAGACCCCAGCCAAGACCCCAGUCAAGACCCCAACAAAGACCCCAGCAAAGCCAGAAGAGUCUUCAUCCAGUGACAGCAGCUCCGAGGAGGAGGAAGAGGCCAGUAAAAGUACUAAAGUAAAAAAAACUGCGACGCCCGCUGCAACAGCAAAGACGACUCCAGCAGCUAAACCUAAAGAGAGCAGCUCCUCAGACAGUUCAUCAGAUGAGGAGGAAGCACCACAGAAAGCUGCCACAGCACCCACCACCCCCACAACAAACGGUACCAAUGGAAAGAGAAAUAGAGAAGAAUCAGAAAGUGAAGACGAAGAGACGGCGGUCACAACACCAAAAAACAAGAAGAAAUCAACCACACCUCAGACUUUCCCUAAAGCCAAUAAGAAGUCUUCCAACAUACCUUUCCGUAGAAUAAUGGAGGAACAAGUUGAUGUGGAUCCCCGUCUUGCAGAUAACUCCUUUGGUGCAAAGUCUGGAUCCAGAGGUGACUGGGGCGAGAAAGCGAACGAUGUGCUCAGGUUCACUAAAGGCAAGUCAUUCCGCCACGAAAAGACAAAGAAGAAGCGGGGAAGCUACCGCGGCGGAGCCAUCUCCACCACUAUCAACUCCAUUAAGUUCGACAGUGAUUGAUCACCUUCUCUUCCUGGUUCCUGAUGCGAUCAAGACUUUGGACUGUCUGCUCCCUUCCCCUGUAUCAAGUCCCUCUGUCCUCAGCAGAUCAGCGAUGGAGGAAUGUGAACCUGUAGAGCCGAGCUGGCACUUCAAUUCAGCUUGCUGCUCUAAGAUUGUAAUUGAGACAGUUAGUUUGGUCUGAGGCAGCAGGAGACCGAUGGACCCAGCUGUGCUGCAGACUGUACUGGUUGACAUCUAUGUGACAUUACACUUAUAGCCACUAGGUGGCUGCAGGCCGCCUGUUAAUGGUAAAAAGCCAAUGAGUGUUUGGCCCUUUUUUUUGUUUUGAUUUUGUUAACCUGUAUUAUUCUCAAAUAACAAAUGUCCUGUCACUUUGUUUGGUAACAUGAAUUUGUUCCUUUAUCUGUGUCAGAAUUACAGCCAGCCAUCCCACCAGGUUCUUCAUUAUGUGAUUGAUUUUUAAUGGAUCAAAUGGUUGUUCCUUUUCCGUGAGGCCACAUUUAAAUAGGGAGAGGGUGUGUUCUUGGGUUUUUUCUCUUAACAUUACAUAAAAACAUUCAGCGAGUUAAACUGAGUUUUAUACUGUAUUUAUUACGUUUUAUUCCAAUUUGACCUUUAGGACCUCAGACGUUUCUUUCAUGCUGUUUCCAAGCCCUUUUGCUUUAAGGAUGUUUCUUGUGAUGUUAGGAUGCCCCUGUCUACCCCUCAUUCUGUUCAUCAGUGGUAUGGAAUUAAUGGAUUGUUACAAACUUAACAGAGCCAUAAUUAUUUCAAUGAUUUUCAUUUACUCUAUGAACUUGUUUUUUUUUUAUUACCUGUUGUAGCUGUGAUUAAAGACCUAACAGAUUA